UGUGGGUUGCCGUCGCAUCCCGUUUUGCUCACAUCUGCCACUCGGAUCCGAGCCGGUUUCACGGGUAAUUCGAAGGCCGUUGACGGUUCUACAUGUACAGCCGUAGUCGAUGAACUAGACCGGAACGGAUUAUUUUUUGAGUUAUGUUCCGUCUGUGGCCGUCACCCUGGGACGCUCCACCAGCCAGAGCCUCUUCGUCAAGGGUGUAUUUUUAGAUUCAUCAUAGGACACUCUCCGGAUAUGCUUGAUCAGCAGGCGUGUUCGGCCUUUCCAAACACUCGGAGUAUGUUGGAAAGCGUUCUUAUUGGGUCUGUGGAGGGUGAUACCUUUCGCUUGAAAGUGACACUUCUCGAACAUUCAAGGCCCUCAGAGGACAGUUCAUCAUCCGGGGCUUGUGCGAACUUCGAUCUCACCAUUCGCAUGCUGCACGUGCACAGUCCUCCUGCCUGUUCACACAACCAAUCGACUGAGCAAAACGCUGACGAUCCACUGUCAAACCCAACUUCUGACUGGAAUCCCGACUUGGCUAGAUUUUGGUACUAUCGUGCGUGUUAUCUCAAACAACGGGGUAACUGGUUAAUACAGAAGCACUCUGAACGUCAAGGAACGGAUCACACCACCAAUUCUUCGGGUGUUUGGGCUUCCGCAUUCAAGUGUUAUUCGCGUGGCCUCCAGCUUGCGACGUUGGCAAGAAAGGCGUACGAAACAUGCGCAAUAACGGAUACACUCGAUAGGAACACCUCUUUCGUAGCUGCACUGUGUCCACAGACUGCUCUGAAAGAAGGUGGAGAUGGGGAUGCGGUGCUCAAUUUGGACCAUCCAGAAGGCCUCUGUAUCGACACCUUCGAGUCGGACGGUCAAGCCGUUGAAAGACUAGAGUUCAGCCUUUUGCUCAACCUCGCUUUGUGUCAACUGAAAGCAGGCUCAGCUUACUCUGCCGCCCACAACUGCACACGAGCACUCCGGAUGGAUCCUGGCUGGGUCAAACUGGCCCAAAGUGAAACCUACCCCAAUGGUUCAGUCGGAAUGGCACUCGAUGCACCUUCUGCGUUGUCCAAUCAGGAUAUUGCUAAAACUUUAUACCGCCGAGCUCAGUCCUAUGUGGCUGUUAGCAAAUGGGAAGAAGCUGUUUCAGAUUUAGAGCUGGCCAUCCGGCUGCAAAAAGACGACUCUGCGAAGACGGGCCUUGCACUGAGUGAAGCACUGCUUUCUCAUGCUCGUCAAAAAAUGUCCCAGGACGACGCCAAGUUGGCCGAACGCCUGCGAAACCGGCGUGGUUUGUUCUAAUUGAGGGCUGUCAGCUGUUCACUCUCAGAAACCAAAUGUCACGAUCAGGGCUGCUACCUAUCCAUAUUUUGUUUGUAAAUACCAAC